AUGGCAAAAUUACCUUUACCUCCUCAACCUGCAAAGGUUGAACCUGUAAAAAACAAACCAAAAAAAUGGCAUAUCCGAGAUGAUCCGAUUACAUGGCAGAAUUGGUACAAACAUAUAAAUUGGCUUCAUGCUUUUGUGCUUCUUUCAACGCCUUUUAUUGCUCUCUACGGAUUUUUCACUACAGAGAUUCAAUUGAAAACGUUGAUAUGGGCAAUUAUAUAUUAUUUCAUAACUGGAUUGGGAAUUACGGCAGGUUAUCAUAGGUUAUGGGCUCACCGUUCUUAUAAAGCGAGUCGUCCUUUUGAAAUUUUUCUCAUAUUCGCCGCAUCCGGCGCUGUUGAAGGUUCAAUUCGAUGGUGGUGCAGAGAUCAUCGAGCUCAUCAUAGGUGGACUGAUACCGAAUUAGAUCCUUAUAAUGCUCACAAAGGCUUUUUUUAUUCCCAUUUGGGUUGGAUGUUAUUAAAACAGAAUCCUUAUCGUAUGGGUCGUGCUGAUAUAUCAGAUCUUAGUGCUGAUCCUUUAAUUAUGUUUCAGGGCAAAUAUUACGGUGUAUUUGCUGGGGUACUUGGGUUUAUAUUGCCCACAAUAGUUGCUGGUUAUGGUUGGGGUGAUUGGAGAGGUGGUUUUUAUUAUGCUGCUAUUGCACGUCUAGUUUUUGUACAUCAUGCAACAUUUUGUGUUAACUCCUUAGCUCAUUACCUUGGUGAUACACCGUUUGAUGACCGUCAUACACCACGCGACCAUUUUAUUACUGCAAUUCUAAGUUUAGGCGAAGGUUAUCAUAAUUUUCAUCAUGAAUUUCCAAUGGAUUACAGAAACGCUAUAAAAUUUUAUCAAUACGAUCCAACGAAAUGGUUGAUUAAAUUCCUUUCAUAUCUUGGAUUCACUCGUCAUUUAAAAACAUUUCCUGAUAACGAAAUAAAGAAAGGUCAAUUAAUGAUGAAACAAAAAAAAUUAGAUGAAGAAAAAACGAAGUUGAAUUGGGGUGUUCCAUUAGAUCAAUUACCUAUUUAUACAUUUGAUGAAUUUCAUGAUGUUAGCAAUUUUAUGAAUGAACAUCCUGGUGGUAGAACAAUUAUCGCUACUUCUUUAGGAAAAGAUGUAACCACUGCAUUCAACGGUGGUGUUUAUAGUCAUUCGAAUGCUGCUAGGAAUUUGAUGUCUUCUCUUCGUGUUGGUGUUAUUUCUGGUGGUGGUGAAGUUGAAUCUCGUAAGAAAAAACAAUAA